AGACUGGAGCAAUUCAAUGAGAACAACGUGAAAAGAUGGAGGCAAAGAUACAAGAGCACAUUGAAAAAAUGAAAUCUGAACUUCGGUCUCAGGCUGAAAUGCACAAGGAAGAUGCAGUGAAUAAAGCUCUUGAAGAGGAAACCACUGACCAUGAUGUAUUUGUACAAGACCUUAAACAAAAAUAUGGAAAGGAAUUAACAUUAGAUCCAUCAAAGUUAGAAAGGCAUUUAACUGAUUUACUGAAACUGGACCACAAACAACCGGUAUCCACAAAAAGACACAGAAUACAGAGCUUAUAGCGGGACGUGGCUCACAGGCUCCAGUGCACCCUCCUGGAGUGUGCCUGGGAGAAGAUGAAAGUGGUGGUGGAAGCCAAGAAACAGGAGACGGAGGUGGCUGUGGAGGAAGCAGCCAGGCAGCACAGAAAACGCUUAGAGCAACUCAAAAAAGAAAGUGUGUUAGCUGAGGAGCUGUAUCACAGGAAUAUAGAGCAAUUAAACAAAGAGAAAUGUCAUCAGAUUAAUGUUGCCCUGAGUAUUGCAUGAGAAGAGAAUCAGAUUGAAACUGAAAAGCAGCUCAAAAAAGCAGAGACCCUAUGUCUUGAUGAGCUGGCAAAAGUGAUGGUUACAGUGAAAGCAGCAGAAGAACAAGUAGGGACCACAAAAAGACUGGAAAAGAUGACAGAUUGGAAGAACAGCCUGGAAACUGAAAUACAAUCAACAAGACAAGCUUUUUAAAAGUAUAUUGAUGCCCCAAUUCCCAACCUGUCCUCUGGACAAGCAGAUUUUAUUCUGCCAUUCAGAAAAGUGUUUGAGCAGAAGCACAACUCAGGAGAAGCAGAAGACGGUGACAAAGAAAAUACGAGAACUGUGAAUAUAGGAGAGAAGUGUGAGAUUCACAGCUGUGGGUAA